AAAUUGGCCAUCACACAAAAAAAUGAGGUUCAAGCAAACUGCUUUUACAAAAAAAAUUCACUGAGCAGAGAGAACAUUCCAAAGCACUGCCAACUGGGUGCACUAACUCAGAGUUGCUGAAUGUUCACCUAGUGGGAAAACGCAUACUACAAAAAUUUUGCUCUACCCAGAGAAAUCCCGGGUUGUUUUUUUUUUUUUUGGGGGGGGGUACCACUUGUAUGUCCCUGUCUGUUUUAGAGGCAUCAUUAUUAAUUUAUUGGGGAAUAUUAUACAUCAAAAACCAUUUGCUUGGUUUUGUUUUCAGUUUAGAAACAAAUGCCCUGGCUCAGGACAACUGGGGCUGGGCUGGCCCUGGAUGCUGGGCUUACCUCAGGACUGGGGUCAGGGUCUCACACCCUCCAGGUGAUGUCUGGUUGUGAUUUGGGACCUGAUGGGCAUCUCCUCCGUGGGUACCGCCAAUAUGCCUAUGAUGGUGCCGACUACAUCGCCUUGAAUGAGGAUUUGCGCUCCUGGACAGCGGCGGACAUGGCUGCUCGGAUCACCCAGCGUAAAUGGGAGGAGGAAGGUGUGGCGGAGCUCCGAAGGGCUUAUGUGGAGGGUAUCUGUGUGUACUGGCUCCAGAGACACCUGGCGAAUGGAAAGGAGGUGCUGCAGAGAGCAGAGCCUCCAAAGACCCAGGUGACCCGCCACCACAAUCGCCAUGUCCCUGAGGGAGAGGUCACACUGAGGUGCUGGGCCCGGGGCUUCUACCCGGCGGACAUCGUCCUGACCUGGCAGCGGGACGGCGAGGACCAGACCCAGGACAUGGAGCUGGUGGAGACGAGGCCUGCGGGGGACGGGACCUUCCAGAAGUGGGCGGCUGUGGUGGUGCCCUCCGGGGAGGAGCAGAGAUACACGUGCCGAGUGCAGCACGAGGGGCUGCCUGAGCCCCUCACCCUGACAUGGGAACUGUCUUCCCAGUCCAGCAUCCCCAUUGUGGGAAUAGUAGUUGGCCUGGUUCUCGCAGCUGUGAUCAUUGGAGCUGUGAUUGGAUAUGUGAUCCGGAGGAAGAAGUGCUCAGGUGAAAAAGGAGGGACCUACUCUCAAGCUGCAAGCAUUAACAGACAGAGCUUGGAUGUGUCUCUAAUAGCUUCUAAAGCAUGAAGCCGUGCAUUGUCUGUGGCAGAAUGACUUACAAAAGUUGUUCACACCCACUUUGUGAUUCCAGAACCUGGACUUCUCUUUCUGCAACCGGUGUUUGAGUGUGUCUGCACGCCUAUCAGGAUAAUGCAACAGUGUGGUCAAUUAACUCCCACACCUCCACACCCACACACACAUCAGGACCCCACCCCACACUGACCUGUGUCCCCUCCCUGAUCGAGGUCUUCUAUCUCUGCUGAAGGGCUCCAUCCCUGAUGUAACCCCCUACACGCUGGGCUGCAUGUCUCACUUUUCUAUUUAAAAUGAAAAGAAAAUGUUUUAAAAUGAUGAUUGUACUGCUUUCUAUGAAUGCACUAGUGGAUUGUAUGAUGUGUGGAUCAAGGCCCAACAAAAGCGCUUUAAAAAGUGAGAACCUGAGAAUGUAUUUUACUUACCAUGAGGUAGGGUUGAUGGAUUCAUUACGAGGGAGAACAUUUCUGAAAACUUUGAGAGAGGACAUAGAACAAACCUACGAAUGUUCCAGAAUGCAUGUGUUCUCUGUGUCGAGUCUGCCAUGAAAGACAGUGGUGGAGGAUUCAAGCAUGGAUGGCACCUUUGCCAAGUCACUUCUCAGGGCCACGUGUGCUUUAACAUGGUCACAUCUCUGUUGUCCUUGUCCCUCCCGUGUAAUCUUGUCCCAGCAGGACCUGUGAUGUCUGGCACAGAGCUAUCUCCUGGCCUUUUCCUGUCUCCAAUUCUAUGGGUGCAAGGGUGUUGUGUGGCUGGGUCAGCUGAGCUCAGGCCUACGUCUACCUACUGGUUUCCACCAUUUGCAUGAUUCUUUUUUGUGCAUUUGCUAUUAUAGAUGACCGUGACUUCUCUAAGGGGCCCCAGCACUGCUCCUGGGUAAGUGUUGACAUUCACCAUAGAGGUCAAUGAUUCACAUCCAUCAGUUGCUCUGUGGGAGAACCGUGGGACUGUCCGCUCCAGUAAAGGCACACGGUCCCAGAGAGACAAAGAGUUGCCAUGAGUCAGAAUUCACUUUUUUGGGGAGUGGGAUUCCUACUCUUACUCUUGUGUAUGAUGUUUUCUGGUCUCAUCAUUAGAGGGUGACAGCCCUCUCUGGCAACUGAUGGAGUCACUUUACCUGUCAUUAACCCAUCAAAGCCCAGGGUAUUCCCUGAGCACAGACAUUUCUGUGGUAAGGAGUUGAAUUUUCAAGGCUCCUGCAGAUCCUGCCCUCUUUCUAGGAUGUGGCGAGAGAGGAAAAAUCAAACACUUUUACAUCUUAGAUGAAUUUCUGUAACAUUUCCCUUCUUUUCAGCUCACACACCCUGUCACUCCAUUAUCUUAACACAGCGAUUCAUAUAGCAGAGGCUAAUUUGUAACAGAGGAGCCACAAGCCAAGAAACCUUAUUAGGUGGAGACUGAAAUGAAAUUAUAUAGCAGGGGCAGGAGGGGGGAGGCAGCAGCCCUUGUGAGAGCAGCCCAGGUGGCAUGAGUGUCCAUAGAGGGGAUGUGGGGCUGCAGCUGCCACCAAACAGCAUUUGGUCUGAGGCCACGUUGUAGUAGCUCUAGGAAAAGCUUAAUAAGCUUUGACAAGAGUGAGGCCAUUUUGAGCUGACAGAAGCCAUUAUGAACUAUAAAUGAGCUAGCUAUAAACUAUAAAUGAACUAGCUGAUAUUAGGGAGACAGGCUGUGCUGAUAAGUGCAACGGACUGUGCCAAAGGAAAUGUUUGUUCAGAAGGCUUGGAUGUUGAGCAAUUAUUGUUCAACUAAGAGUAGUUAUUGUCUGACUAAAAAUGGCUAACUUCAAUAUCGUGCUUCUGUACUCUGCUUGCUUGCGAACCUGCAGGUUGCGACAGCAUAAAAACCUUUGGAAAAGUAAACGGGACACCACUCAGUCUCUUCUCAAGAGGGCUGACGGUGCCUGUGCAGGAAAUAAAACUUUUUCUUUUAAACUUG